UUUCCAGCCCAGACGUACAGUCUUUUUUGAUUCACUUUCUGAAGUCAGGCUGGAACAGAUGUCACUCAACUUAUGGUUUUUGUAUCUUUAACAAAUAUAUAACCAUGUCACGAGGAACGCAAGAAAGAGUUCGGAGCAAUGCGAGUAAGACGAUGGGGAUCAAACUUGAUGGAGGGAUCAAUGCCAUCAGUCUCAACAAGGAUGCAACUCAAGUCGUAGCUGCUGGCAGGCAAGUUUUCAAGAUCUUCCACAUUGAAGAGAUGGGAUUCCGAGAGCGGAUAGACCUUAGGGUGGGGCGGAUGAAUCUCAACUACAGCUGUAACGAUGUAGCCUGGCACCCUAGUAAAGAUGAGUUGAUAGCUACUGGGGCCACCAACGGAGCAGUUAUCACAUGGGACCUGAACAAGCCGCAGGGAAACAAGAUGGACCAGGUCUUUAGUGAUCACAAGAGAACUGUCCACAAGGUGUCCUUCCAUCCCAAGGAGUGGUACAUGCUCUUCAGCGGGUCCAACGAUGGCUCUAUGAAGUUCUUUGACCUCAGAAGCAAUAAAUGUGAAACGACGUACGGGAACGGUCAGUCAGAGUGCAUACGUGAUGUCCAGUGCAGUCCACAUCAAUACUUCAUACUGGCGGCCACGCUGGACAAUGGACAUAUACAGUUCUGGGACUACAGAGUUCCAGACAAGGUGUUGCUGGAUUUCCCUGGUCACAACGGCCCGGCCUUCAACCUGGACUGGCACCCAGAAGAGAGUAAAUGGAUUGCAACGUGCGGCAGAGAUAAGAUUAUUAAGAUUUGGCGAUGGGAGGGCCAUGGAAAUGUCCUGGAACCGGAGUACACCAUCUACGCCAUUGCUUCAGUCAACCACAUCAAGUGGCGCCCCGAGAAGAAGUACCACAUAGCCAGCUGCAGCGGGGUCGUGGAUCACACCAUCUGUGUUUGGGAUGUCCGACGCUCCUACAUGCCUUUCGCUGUUUUCGAGGAACACAAAGAUAUUGUCACAGGUAUAGCUUGGAGACAGGACCCCCAUGUGUUCCUGAGUGGAAGCAAAGACUCGAUGCUCUUCCAACACAAAUUCAAGGAUGCCAAGAGACCUGCUGAGAGUGCUAACCCAGUAGGAGUGUCUAUGAGCAUCUACGAUGAUGUCUGUCACGCCUUCAACAAGAGCUCCGCCCGAACCAGCAUGCAGUCGCAGCAGAACUACGCCUCGACCAACUUUCCCAUGAGAUUCCGCAGGACUCCGGAGGUCUCUGAGCAGUACGAGAGAUACGAGAGCAGCUUGUUGGUUCAUGAGCAGAAGGAGGUCAAGUUUUCCGAGUCCUUCAUCAAGAGCGCUAAACGGUACAUCUUGACGGGCAAGCCUUUCCCGGAGCUGUGUGAACACAACGCACAGGUAGCAAUGGACCUCGGCAGACAUCAGAUUGCUCAGACAUGGCGAAUGUUGAGGUUAUUCUACUGCACAGACACCGCCAGUGCCACGCCCCCUGUCUAUACCAAUAAGGGGAUUCCCCCAACAGAGGCCAAUGAUUCAGAUAAGGACAUCUCUGCUCCUCAGUUUGCUCUUAACCACCUCCCCUCCCAUCAUGACUUCCUGAAUCCUACUGCAUCCAGCGCCAUCGACUCCACCGGCGUAACCGACGACAACGAGUCGAUCGUCAGUGACAGCGAGCAUGAUCAUCCCUCCUAUGGAGCACCGAUGCGCGGUAAGCGACGCCAUCGCUCGCACGACGGCGCGGUGGAUUUCUACUUCCCUCUGGGGGAAGGGGAGGAGGAGGAAGAGGAGGAAGAAGAAGAGGAAGGGGGUGUGUUUGGUCGCUAUGGCGACGAGAUGCAGGAGUGGAAUGACUACGCCGGUCUACCGACAGAAGCAUUUGGGCAACGACAUGAAAUACAAGACAGACCGCCCUCUCCAGACAGGUUGCAGGAUAGGAUUCGACCAGAGUCUCCUGUUGUGCCGCUGCUAGAUCUCGAACCCACCGCCAUGACGAUGAACUCUCAACUCUUCCCCUCGGCACGUUCCCUGAACCAGACCCCCUCCAAGCAGCUCCCGGAGUUACAACUCUCUAUCAAGUUCACUCCCAUUGUGGUUAACAUGCUCUCUGACUACGCUGAACAGGGUGAUGUUCAAAUGGCAGUAUCGGCAUUCAUCGUCCUAGACAGCAAGAUACGCAACGAAAUUUCUUCUGAAAUACAGGAACAAUGGUUCAUGUCAUACAUAGAUCUUCUGAGUCGAUUUAAGCUGUGGUGUGUUUCCAACCAAGUCAUCAAACUCAGUAAACACCCUGCGAUUGAGAUCUUAAACCAGCAAUCCACAACAAUCUACACAAAGUGCAACAGGUGCAAUCAAACACUAGAGAAACUAUCCUGGGUGUGCUGCCAAAAGAAUCGCCAGAGCUUCACCAAUCCAUGCAGUAUAUGCCAUUUGCCUGUGAAAGGCCUUUACGCAUGGUGUCAGGGGUGUUCCCACGGAGGGCAUUUAGAACACAUCCGAGAGUGGCUCAAGACCAACCAGUACUGCCCUACAGGCUGUGGACACCAGUGUGAAUACACCUAACACCAUGAACUAAAAACUGAAGCAAUAGCAUGAACGCAGCUGUGAUGGUGUUCCCAUGGAGGGCAUUUUCAACGUGUCCAUGGACCAACCUGUACUGCCCUAUGGGCUAUGGACGCCAGUGUGAAAUCGCCUGUCAUCAUAAACUGUACAUCAAAGCGA